UGACAGCUCUAUCUCCCUCUUUCUCUCUCUGAAUUUCACCCUGGUGCAUUUUUGAGGCAAGGCAAUGGAGACAAAACUUGAGCUCCUCCAUGGAACAAUUGAAGCCACCAUCUUCAAUGCUACUCCUUAUGCACCUGCAUUUCCCUUCAAUUGUAUCCAUGCAAAUGGGAAGCCUGCAUAUGUGACCAUCAAGUUAGGCCACAAGAAGGUAGCAAAGACAAGUCAAGAGCGAGAUCGUGUGUGGAAUCAAACCUUUCAGAUCCCAUGUGCUCACCCAGCAGAUUCAAUUAUCACCCUCACAUUGAAAACAUCAUGCUCCAUAUUGGGGAGAUUCCAUAUUAAGGCUCAGCAGUUACUCAAGGAAGAAAGUUUAAUCAAUGGUUUCUUCCCUCUCCUUAUGGAAAAUGGAAAACGAAACCUUCAACUCAAGUUAAGGUUUCUAUUGUGGUUCAAACCAGCAGGGAUUGAACCAAGUUGGGAAAAGCUACUAAGGGAUGGGGAAUUUCAUGGCUUAAGGGAUGCCUCGUUUCCACAAAGGUCCAAUUGUCAGGUCAAGCUUUAUCAUGAUGCUCACCAUUCUUUCACUUUUCAACCUCCUUUUGAUCACUGUGGAGCUCCAAGAAGGCUAUGGGAGGAUGUGUAUAAAGCCAUUGAGGGUGCAAAGUACUUAGUUUACAUUGCAGGGUGGUCCUUCAAUCCUAAGAUGGUUCUGGUUAGAGAUCCUGAAACGGAAAUCCCAUAUGCAAGAGGAGUAAAGCUUGGUGAGCUGUUAAAAAGGAAGGCAGAGGAAGGAGUGGCAGUGAGGGUGAUGCUUUGGGAUGAUGAAACAUCUUUGUCAUUUAUUAAGAACAAAGGCAUGAUGAAUACCCAUGACGAGGAUGCUUUUGCAUACUUCAAACAUACAAGAGUUAUAUGCAGAAAGUGUCCCAGAUUACACCAUAAGUUCCCGACACUGUUUUCUCACCAUCAGAAGACUAUAACCGUUGAUGUCAAAGCACCGAAGUCUGUGAAUGAUAGAGAAAUUAUGAGCUUUGUUGGUGGGUUGGAUUUGUGUGAUGGCAGGUAUGACACAGAGCAGCACUCAUUGUUUCAAACCCUAAAUAGUGAAUCCCAUCGCUAUGAUUUCUAUCAGACAAAUAUUGCAGGAGCUAGCCUUAAUAAAGGAGGGCCAAGAGAGCCUUGGCAUGAUGCUCAUGCUUGUGUUAUAGGUGGUGCUGCUUGGGACGUGUUAACAAAUUUCGAGCAAAGAUGGAGAAAGCAGUGUAAUCCUUCCCUUUUAGUCCCUGCAAGUGCCUUAGCAAAUCUCAUGCCCCAAAAUUGUUCAAGCAUUCCUAUUGAGAGGAAUUGGAAAGUUCAAGUAUAUAGAUCAAUUGACCAUAUCUCUGCUUACCAAUUGUUUAGAAAGUUUACUGUAGAAAGGAGCAUCCAUGAUGCUUAUGUUGAAGCAAUCAGGCGUGCUGAUAGGUUUAUAUACAUUGAAAACCAGUAUUUCACUGGGGGAUGCGAUUUGUGGGACAAUAACAAGAAUAGUGGAUGCAGAAAUAUUAUUCCCAUUGAGAUAGCACUCAAGGUGGCAAGUAAGAUUAAAGCGAAGAAGAGAUUUGCAGUGUAUGUAGUGAUUCCAAUGUGGCCAGAAGGAUUACCUGAAAGUGAAACAGUUCAGGACAUCCUGCAUUGGACCAGAGAAACAGUAGCAAUGAUGUAUAGGUUGAUUGGAGAAGCAAUACAAGAGAGUGGGGAAGCAGGGCACCCAAGAGACUACUUGAAUUUCUUUUGCCUAGCAAAUAGGGAACAGAAAGGGGAAGGGGAGUACCUGCCGCCACAUUCUCCUCACCCUGAAACACAAUAUUGGAAUGCCCAAAAAAGUAGAAGGUUCAUGGUGUAUGUCCACUCCAAGCUCAUGAUAGUGGACGACCUGUACUUGUUGAUAGGGUCGGCUAACGUGAACCAGAGAUCCAUGGAUGGGCAAAGAGACACUGAGAUAGCCAUAGGUUGCUACCAAUGGCAAGAUGCGGAUUCCAGCAACCAAGUGAUCAAUCGCGGCGAGAUUCACGCAUACAGGAUGUCACUGUGGUAUGAGCACAGUAGGUGCGCAGAGGAAUGGUUGAUGGAGCCAGAGAGAUUGGAAUGCGUAAGGAAAAUGCGAUCGAUAGGAGAUCGAAUGUGGGAAAUCUACAGUGGCGAAGAAAUUGUGGACAUGGAAGGCGUUCAUCUGGUGAGUUACCCUUUGAAGGUAACGCAGGAAGGUUUGGUGGAUGUGAGUGGGAGCGGGUCCCGCUUUCCCGAUACAGAGUGUCCAGUGAAGGGGAAGAGAUCAAAGGUGUUGCCUCCUAUUUUCACUACUUAAAGCCAUAUAACAGAAAGAAGGUUCCAGCUUGGGAUGUCUCUACUGAUUGUUGUGUUAAAAGUAUCAUGAUUCAAAAAUUUAUAUGUUUACUUUAGGGUCACACAUUAUAUCAUCUAUUUUUUUUUAGCCAGAAAUUUAAUUUAAUCUAUUUAAAGAUUGUAAAGCAA